UAUAAUGUUUCGCCAGGGAUCUGCAGGUAACUUUUUCCUGACUUUCCGAAUUUUCAUGGAGUUCCCCAUUUUCGUCAGUCACUUAACGUUUAUUCUAACCCGGCCAAAAAGCUCGAGAUGGAUUUCUUGGUGCCCCUGUCCUCACUUCCGGCCUUGCUGUGCGUGCCACUACUAGUGGGAUCCCUGUGCUUGGUGCUUAACUACCUGGUGUACUCGCGGCGCGUGGCCGAGUGGCGCAAGUCGAAGAUCCCUUUUCUGGAGCCGAGCUUCUUGAUCGGGCACAAGUACUUCUGGAGCGUGGGCAGCAACUCCGCCGUCGUCCCCAUCGACCGCAUCUACCGGGAGAAUAAGGACAAGGACCUCGUCGCUUUCUUCAUCGCCACCAUGCCUGUCGUCCUCGUCCGAAGCCCGGCACUCAUCAAACAGAUACUCGCGAAAAACUUCAACCAAACGUUCGAAACUUUCUUGGCAGCUCCGCCUCAUAACAAGAUAGCGCAGCACGUGCUGGUUCAGAGCACGGACAAAGGCCUAUGGAAAUCCGACCGAAACACCCUCUCACCCAUGUUUGCCACAAGAAGAGUGAGCGGCGAGCAAUUCGGCAGGAUCUCGAACCAGAUCACCAACAUGUUCACCCACACCGAGCAUGCUCGCCUCCAGGGAAAGCCCAUCAACACACAGCAGGUUACUAUGAAUUUCAUCCAGGACGGCUUUUCUAGCAGCUUUUUUGGUCUAGAUUCCAAUUCGUAUGAGAAGCAAACGGAGCUUCGUAAGCUUGUUCAAAAGUUCGUUAAGCCAGGAUGGAGCAGACUGCUGAGUGGCUUCAACCUUCAGGAAGUUCAAGCUUUCGAGUCGUUGAAAUUCCUCUCUCAGAAAGACAUGGAUUCGAUGAAAAAUUUGCUCCAGAAGCAAGUAACGAAGAGGAGUCGAACCGGUGGCAAUGAAAAUGACUUCAUCGACAUCCUCGUUGACCUUAAGGAACAAGAUCAAGACAAAAAAAAAGACUCAGAGAUGGACAUCACGAAUGAAAUGAUCGGUCUCGGACUAUCCUUAUUGUUUUCCGGGGCGAUUUCAGUUGGGACUGUGGCGAGUUUUACCUUGCACUUAUUGUCUCUUCACCCUGAAUACCAAGAUCGAGUAAGAGAAGAGGUUGAAGAGGUCAUGAAGAAGCACAACACUACAGAAUUCACUUACGAAGUUGUUCGUGAUCUCCACUUCGUCGACCAGUGUCUACGCGAAACUGUGCGUUUGUAUCCGAAUAACACAGCAUUAACGAGGGUAUGUACGCAGGACUUCAAUCUGGCUGGAACUGACUACACUCUCAAAAAAGGCCAGCGAGUCAUUUUCUCCCCAUACUCUGUUCACCACGACCCGGAAUACUUUGAGAACCCGGAUGGAUUCGAUCCGGACCGCUUCAGCUCGAAAAACAAAGAUAGUAUCGACGCUUUCCUUGCUUUUGGCAAGGGACCCCGAAAGUGUCCAGGUAAGAACGUUGGUCUCCUAAUGGGGACGGCUCUGAUUGGCUCUCUGGUGCACAAAUACGAAAUGAGACCACGCUCUCACACGAAGCAGAUGGACGCGUACAAUUUUCAUCCGCGGAGUUUCGCCAUUGUCCACGAAGAUGACAUCCUCGUCGACUUAAUGCCUCGAGAAAUUCUCGCAUGCUGAGGGAGAUAUUGCGAAAUUUUUGGUCGAAAUAAGUCUUAUUUGAUUUUUUUGCUGAUUAAGAACCUCGUGUGUUUCAUGAGUUUUUAGGAAUAAAUGUAAAAAGUUA